AGAACCAGUCAAAAUGUAUUAAAUCCCGAGUUAAAUCCGAACCCAAAUCAAAGUGGGCAUUGAAAAAAUAUCAAAGAAGUGAGCGAAGCAGAAGACAAAGAGAGAGAAUAAUACAACCUACGAUCACAAACUUUUAUCCUGUAGUUGAACAUAUUAUGAACAUUAUUUACAAAAAUCCUAAUAUAAACAAGGAAUUAAUUCUAGAGUCAACUGACUUCCCUAAAGAUAAAGACAAAAUUAAUGAUGAAACUAGUUCUUUAUUAACAAUGCUUUACGAUCUCUGUCAAAAAAAUUCUCGUGGCCCCAUCAACAAAAAUAAAUAUACAGAUGUGAUUCUGAAAUUUUCGUUGUACAUUUAUUAUAUUGGAGGACGACUUUUGUAUGAAACUUUACAUGCAAAUUUACGAAAUACGUUACCCUCUCUAUCAACUUUGUUUAGAUAUUCUCAUACUAUGAAGAGAGAACUCCAAGAAGGCGUCUUCGACUUCGAUGGUCUUUCCCAAUAUUUGAAUAGCAGGAAUUUGUCCAAAUAUAUAUGGGUAGCAGAAGAUGGUACAAGAAUAACUUCUAAAAUAGAAUACGACAACAAAACGAAUAAAAUAUUAGGAUUUGUACUACCUUUAAAACAUGGAUUACCGCAGAAUGAUGAAUACUUGGCUACAUCAGCCAAAACUAUUCAGGGUUUUUUGAAAAUAGUCCAAAAUCAAGUUACGCUUAUGUGAUUGUAGCUCAACCAUUAUCUGAAGUUGCACCAGCCUUUUGUUUGUCCAUAUUUGGUACAGAUAAUCGAUUUACCGCUGAGGAUGUUCGGGAGAGAUGGCAGUGGAUGCAGAAACAAGCAGCUCAAUUUGGAAUCACAAUACUGGGUUAUUCAUCAGAUGGUGAUAGCCGCUUACUCAGGUCUAUGCGAAUAAAUACAUCAUUACCUCUAGAUGAAAUUGAAAAAAGAAGACAGACUGUAUUUCCCAAAAACUGGACUUGGUUUUGUAUGGACAUCAAACGUGAGAACCCUUGUUUUUUUCAGGAUACAGUUCAUAUUGCGACAAAAUUAAAAACACGUCUUUUUAAUCCAAAAGUUUCUAUGCAUAUUGGUAAUUUUGUUGCUACAAUAGAUCAUAUCUUAUAUUUAGUGAAGAAUUUUUCAAAAGAUCAACACCUAUUAACAAUGUCAGAUUUGCGACAUGAGGAUAAAAUGAAUUUUCUCGCGGCUGAUAAAAUCUGUGCACCAUCUGUUCAAAGUUUGUUAACAAAACAUGUCAUUGGAAGUGAAGGCACUGUAUUAUACCUAAAGAUUAUGAGAUAUUCUAUUUUAGGUUUAUUAGAUAAGAAAAUUUCUCUAAAUGAUCGUCUCUACUAUCUUUGGUUUUGUGUUUUCUUUUUGAGAAUUUGGCGAAAGUGGAUUCGUAAACAUAAACUUUAUACGAUAAAAACCAAUUUUCUAUCAUCUAACUGCUAUCUAUGUAUUGAAUUAAAUGCACAUUCGCUGAUACAUUUAAUAUUACAAUUCCAAAAUUUUGAGUUGCCUUCCGAUAUAUUCCUACCUUGGUUAAUGAGCAGUCAGUGUUGCGAGAAGCUUUUCAGGAGUACAAGGUCUAUGACAUCCACAUUUUCCACGAUUGUUAAUUUCAGUAUUAAAGACCUUUUACAUCGAGUUGACAGAAUACAAAUAAUCAAUAAUACAACUAAAGAUUUAAGUGGCAUCUUGGAAUUUCCAAGAGAAGAUCGGAAAAACAAAAUUUCCAAUGAACAAGGGAGAGUAAAUGUAGAAGAAGACAUACUCAUGUUCUCCAAAGAGAAUAUAAAGGAUGCCGUUGACCGGGCAUUAAAAGAUGUUUUAUUAGAAAUCCAAAAACUUGGUAUAACUUUAGAGACUGAGAAUGAGAAAAAUUUGGAAUGUUGGUGGAAUGAGAUUGAAAUUCCCUUAGGAAAGCCUAAAACCAACUUAGAAAUGCCUUCAACAAACGAAAUGGCUGAUGUUUUCGUCGACAAUGAUGGGAUUGAUGACAAUUCUGAUGAAGAGAACAUUGAUAAUAAUCCCAUUAUUUUUGAAGAAGACAACAGUAGCGAAGUUGAGAGCAUUCUAAAAAAAAGUGUUGACACCAUGAAAUCCGAAUUCAAAAAAAAUAUCUAUGAAGACGCCAAACAAACUGAUAAAUAUCUGAAAGAGGACUUGAGUAAAUUAUCAUUAAACUGUGUCUUCGGGGAAAAACUUGAAUUAAAGGACUAUUCGAAAAACAUCGAAAGUGAAACUGACGAAAAAACACUCUCGGCAAAUAGCCCAUUUGUGACAGUUACUUUUUCAAAUGGCAAAUCAUCUGUCAUUCGAAAAUCGACACUUUGCUGGCUUCUAGAGGAAGAUAAGGAAAGAAUCAGUUCAGACAGACUGCAAAGAUUCAUUUCAAAAAAACGCUCGAAAAAACGAAACUCCCCUAGAAAAUCCCAGAUAUCACCAGAAAACAUAUAUACUCGUAACGAUGCAACGUCAUCAGGAAGUAAUCUAAAUAACAUCAUUCGUAAUCUCGUUCGUAAUCCGAAACGAAAUUCUCGAAGAAGGCCAAAACAACUGUCUGAAACUGAGACAGAAACAGACUCUGAUCAAAUCACAUUAGAUGACAGUACAGACCUGGAGAUCUGGACAGAAACUGACUCUGACCAAAUGAAAGAAUCGUCGGCUUCAGAAUAGGUAUCGCAUCACAUUUUAGCCUGCGAGUAUCUGUCG